ACCGACCGUCUUUUGUUCACAUCUACAAAUAUGUUUCUCAUACUUUAUCUGCCCGGUGCUGAGUUUCUCAUAGAUAUUUACCCCCCGUGCUUGUUCGUCGGCAACACAUGUACACAACACACACGUGCUUUGCUCUAGGACAUCGUUGUAGACUCUUUUGGUCCCAAACCGGCUGAACCAUGUCUUUCCGAGGCGGUGGUGGACGUGGUAGAGGAGGUGGUGGAGGAGGUUUCCGAGGCAGAGGCGGUGGUGGUGGUUUUGGAGGCCGAGGGGGAGGAGGUGGAUUUAACAGAGGCUUUGAUCAAGGACCUCCUGAGCAGGUUAUCACUCUUGGUCACAUGACACACACUUGUCAAGAUGACCUUGUUGUCAAAGUUGAGAUAGAAGAGGUUCCAUAUUUUAAUGCACCCAUUUAUUUAGAAAACAAAGAACAAAUAGGCAAAAUUGAUGAAAUUUUUGGAACUAUUAAAGAUCAUUAUGUGUCUGUCAAUCUUGGUGAAAAUUUCAAAGCUAAAUCCUUCACAGCCAACCAAAAGCUCUACAUAGACCCUGCCAAGCUGCUGCCUCUUGCGAGGUUCCUGCCGCAGGCCCCUGGUGCCAAGCGAGGCCGUGGAGCCGGUGGUCGCGGAGGCCCUGGUGGACGAGGCCGAGGCGGUGGUGGUUUCGGAGGCCGCGGUGGUGGCGGCGGCCGAGGAGGGUUCGGUGGCCGCGGCGGUGGAGGUGGACGCGGAGGGUUCGGCGGCCGCGGUGGAGGCGGCGGCGGCUUCAACAACCGGGGAGGCGGCGGCUACGGAGGCGGCGGCGGCGGGGGCGGCUAUGGCGGAGGCCGCGGGCGCGGCGGUGGAGGCUUUGGAGGACGAGGUGGUGGCGGUGGAGGCGGCAGCUGGAACAGAUAAACUCAGAGGACAAAUAGUGAUAGUUUUUAUUUUAUUUUUAAUGUUUUGGGAGGUUACUUAUAGUUUGCAAUUUCUUUUCCUAAUGUUAUCAUCGUUUAAGUCAGUUCUGUGAACGUUGAGCCCAGCUAGCUUCUCAUGUUUCUGUCCAGAUUGAACGAUUAUUUUCAUUUGUCUCGCUUAUCUUACUGACAGUUGUACCCAAGUUUAGUGCUUUGGGUCCAGAUUAUUAUUUUUUUCUGAUCUAGAGUAAAUCAGUUACGGAUUGUAUGAAUUUUGACUGAGGUGAAAUUGAACUAUGACAAAUGAUUGAUCUAAAUUCAAAGAAUUUUUAUUUUUGAUAAAUGUACGUGUGGAUGUGUACAGAUUGUACACAAGUUUUAUUGUGUACUGGUAUUAUUACCUUUCUGCUUGUUGUUGUUGUAUAAGCUGAUGUACAAUAUCAGUAUUUGAAUAAACUUCAAAUUACAA